UCGGGCAUUUGAAAAUAAUCAUAGUGUUCAGAGAAUCAAUUUAUAAUUAAUAACUUAAACUUGCCACGUCAUUGAAUUCACGCAUGCGCGCGAGAUUAAAGGACGUUAAAAUAACGAACAUGUCGGUCAGUAAAGUACAAGCGGUUAAUUUGAAAACGCCGGAAACGUUCAAAGCUGCGAUCUGGCACCAUUUCGGCUUCAGAAGCAAUGCAGAGAAUGAGCUUGACAAAAGCAAAGCAAUUUGCAAAGCCUGCCAAAUGGAGGUGAAGUAUUGUGGAAAUACUACUAAUCUCAGGAACCACAUGAUGCGCCAUCAUCAAGACAUCAUAUCCAAGCCCGCCACCGGACCGCAACAGAUGACACUGAAACAAACUCUGCAACUGCCAUUGCCAACUAAUUCUGCACGCUCUGUCAAAAUAACUGAGGCGAUUGCGGGCUUCAUUUGCAAAGAUAUGCGCCCGUAUUGUGUUGUUGAGAACGUGGGAUUCAGGCGGCUAAUGAAGGUAAUGGAACCAAAUUAUGUCAUUGUGUCUCGCAAACGUCUGUCUGAAGAAGUGAUCCCCAACAUGUACCAGACAGUAAAAGAUGGUGUAAUGUGUAAGCUUAAGACCGCAGAGAGGGUGGGCAUUACGAGUGACACCUGGACAUCCGUAGCUACGGAAUCUUACAUGAGUGUAACAGCACACUACAUAGACGAGCAGUGGAACCUCGUGUCUUACGUGCUGCAGACAACCGAAGUUCAAACGGACCAUCGCUCUGUCAGUCUAGCUGAAAUGUUAACCAAAGCUAUGGAGGAGUGGGGGCUGAUGAGUAAAGACCCAGCCAUAGUCACUGACAACGCGGCGAAUAUGGUCCGUGCGGUUGAGAUUAUGGGGUUAACCCACGUCGGCUGCUUCGCGCACAUAAUCAACCUGGCCUCGCAAGCCGGUCUCAAACUGCCGAAUGUUGCACGCCUUCUUGGGAGAGUAAGGCACAUCGCAAAGUUCUUUCAUCGCAGUACAAAUGCCACCCGUAUCCUCAAAGAAAAGCAGAAGCUACUGCAGCUGAAUGAACACAAGCUCAAAAUUGAUGUGGUGACUCGUUGGAACAGUGCGCUAGAAAUGCUUGAGCGCUUUUUAGAGCAGCAACCCGCGAUCUCUGCCGCUCUGCUCUCACCUGAUGUGCGGAGAAAUGAAAAGGAUCUUUGCAGCCUGAAGGAAGAGGACAUAACAGAUGCAGAAGAUGUGGUCCGAGCUCUAAAGCCAAUGAAGACAGCCACGCAAGUGAUGUCAGAAGAAAAGUGCCCAACUCUCUCAGUGAUAGCACCUCUGCAUGCUCUGCUGCUGAAAGAGAUGACCAGUCUUCCAGAAGACUCCAGAGUUGUUAAGGACAUGAAGGAUGAGAUAAAAAAAAACUUAAGCUCAAGGUAUGUAAACCAGAAAGACAUGCUGUACGUAGCUUCAGCUAUUGAUCCACGUUUCAAAGCUCUGCCAUUUCUGAAUGAGGAGGAGCGAGACAGGACCUUCUCCAAACUCCAGACUGAAGCAGUGUGUGGGAUGGAGGAAGAUGCAUAUAAUGUAAGUAAUCAUUUAAAAAAGAAACUCAGUGAAAAAAGUCCACUCUCUCUUUCACUCACACACACCUCCAAAAAAUACAAAAUUCUCUCUCUUCUUACACAGCAAGAUGAUGCUGCUGAUGAAGUUGAUGGAGUAAAUGAAGAGGUGGAACCCCAACCUCCGGCACCCAAGCAAUUCAAGCAAUCCAGUGCUUUGGAGUCUCUCCUUGGGGAAGCCUACAGACCACAACAGGAAGUAGGACCACAGAAAACUAAAGCGGCAGAGGCAGAAGAUGAGAUCAAAAGGUACAGGGCAAGGAGACCUGCGGGACUGCAGGACAAUCCUCUCAUCUGGUGGCGGGAGAAUGAAAAGGAGUAUCCUCUUUUGGCUUGCAUGGCAAAGCGAUAUCUCUGUGUCCCAGGAACCAGCGUCACAUCUGAGAGGGUUUUUUCAACUGCAGGUGAUAUCAUUACUGCCAAAAGAAGUUGCCUUACACCUGGGCAUGUCAAUGAGCUACUGUUCCUGCAGAAGAAUCUUUCCAUUCCUGAGUGAUGGCAGUUCACACUCUG